AAAAACAAAUCUUUGUAUUUUUCUUUUUUGUUUCGUUUGUUUUUGUUUUUAAAAGAAAAGGUGCACGUUAAAGAAACCGUUGGUUUUCCGACGGCCCCUGAAGGCAGCAGCCGAGGCGCGCGCCCGCGGACCUGUCAGUGCAGAAAGCGGGACACUGAACGCAGCAUCCGGACCGAGUGGGACAGCAGCCUCCGGUUCGGUUUAUCGCCACUAAAGUCCAACCGAAAGCCGUUUUUCAUGUUUUUUAAACGGCACCGGUCGCCGUUCUAACCCGUUUCGCUUCGCUACCGGUCCGGGCUUCACUUCUGACCGACCUCCGGCGGGAUGCGCGGCUCGGCUAGCUAACGUUAGCCGCGCAGCUAGCAUCGGUGCUCGGGGACAGAAAGUAGCGGAGUCGGUGAUCCGGCGGUCCGGACCAACAUGGAGACCAUCAGGGAGCGGUUCCGAUACCUCCAGGACCCGCAUCUGGUCGCCCGCUUCCAGCACUUCUGCGGGGUCCGGGGGACGUUUUCGAGGAGCGGCGGCGGGAAGACGGCGGACCGGACUCAGCCGCUCAACAACGGGGCUUGUCGGCAUCACAGCGCCGGGGACAGAGACGGAGGGACGGCGGCCGUCAUCGGAGCCGGAGAAGGCGAGAAACCGGCGGAGGAGCUCCGGAGGAGGGCGGCGGGCUUCAGCCCCAAGGAUGGCCGUGACAGCGCCCCGCAGAACGGGGCCGCCGGCGGGGAGACGGCCGGCGGGGCUGCGGAGCUCCGCGGGGAGAACGGCAGCGAAGCCCCGGUGAAGGUGAAGCCGCUCCGCAAGAACUCUCUGACGGGCGACGCCGGGCAGGAGUUCCUGGUCGAGAACCGGUUCCUGUACUACAUGUUCACGUUCGGAACCGAGCUGGGCAACGAGUCCUUCUACAUCACCUUCUUCCCCUUCAUCAUGUGGAACGUGGACGCCUUCGUGGGCCGGCGGCUCAUCAUGGUCUGGGUCUGGGUCAUGUAUCUGGGCCAGUGCACCAAGGACGUGAUCGGCUGGUCCCGGCCCGCCUCCCCGCCGGUGGUCAAGGUGGAGAUGUUCUACAACUCGGAGUACAGCAUGCCGUCCACACACGCCAUGUCCGGAACCGCCAUCCCCUUCUCCCUGUUCCUCAUGACCUACGGCCGCUGGGAGUACCCGUCCGCUCUGGGCUUCUGCUUGGCGCUGUGCUGGUGUCUGCUGGUCUGUUCCAGUCGGAUCUACUUGGGGAUGCACUCGGUCCUGGACGUCAUCGCCGGCGUCCUCUACAGCGUCCUCAUCCUGCUCUUCUUCCUGCCGGCGCUGGACCUGAUCGACGGCUUCAACUUGAGCUGCCGCUUCGCCCCGCUGGUCAUCAUCAGCCUCCACCUGGGCCUGGGCCUCUUCUCCUUCACCCUGGACACCUGGAGCACCUCUCGGGGCGACACCGCCCAGAUCCUGGGCACCGGUGCCGGCGUGGCGCUGGCGUCACAUGUCAACCACUGCCUGGGCCUGCUGCCCGACCAGACGCCGGACCAGCUGCCCCUCGCCUUCCCGGCCCUCAGCGCCGGCCUGGUGUUGGCCGCCGUGCUGAGACUGGUGGCGGGGGUUCUGGUUCUGGUGGCCACGAGGGCGCUGAUGAAGGCCGUCACCAUCCCGCUGGUGUGCCGGGUGAUGGGGAUCCCCAGCGGCGACGUGAGGAAGGCCCGGCAGCACAUGGAGGUGGAGCUGCCGUACCGCUACAUCGUGUACGGGACCGUCGGCUUCAACGUUCUGUUCCUGGUUCCGCUGCUCUUCAGCCACCUGUAGCUCUCCUGACUCCAGUCCAAACUCUAGUUUUUUAUUUCUGCUCAUCCAGAACCGAGUUCCUUUGCGGGUUCAGGGCUGAUGACGGUGAAUUAAAGCCUCGACGCUGAUCCGGACCCAGAGUUUUAUCAGAUGUUUAGUUUUUUAGCUCCGGUUGGAGUUUUACUCAACGGUUCCACCUGUGGUUCUGUUCAACACUUAUGUAAAGUGGAGCCAGUCUCGGUUUGAUGGUUUUACUCCUCUCGACCUUUAGGAGCAAAAAAAAAACAAAAACACAUUUCAUCAGCGGCCUGAAGGACUCGUUGUAGGAUUUGAUGUUCAGAUGAAGAACCACAGCAGCAGGAUGUUCAACCUGAAGUCAGAACAACAAAAACAAGAAACUGCGACCAGAACGUAGACGUUGAGGAAACGUGUCUGGACUCGCUGCUCAGCUUCAGGUUCCGUGUCGGUGGUUCUGUGUGGUUCUUUUGUCUGGAAGAAUCUUAAAGUUUGGACUCUCGAAGCAAUAAGAUGAUUCCUGUGAUUCCUGUGUUCUAAAGGGCUCGUCCACUGGUUCUGUCUGCGCUGUGAUCGACUGGUUUCCCUGCGACCGGCACAUACUGUUGACCCGACAACGAGGAGGAGGAGGAGGAGGAGGAAGGGUUUUUAUUAUUUGCUCUGCAGCUUUUCAACACUGUGGACCUACGACGGAGAAAACGCUGAUCUGAGGUCAGAGAGUCGAAGGGCUGAAAAUCAAAGAGUUUCGACAGAGAGAGAGAAAAACAUCCGGAUUUAUAAAGUUCUCAUAUUUCAAGACAAACAUUUACCUGAAAACAUUUUAGCAUUUAGAGAAAAUCGCAUUUUUUUCUCCCGCUACAUUUCCAUUUCUUUUCCAAACAUAUUUCAACUCCAGUCUGUGAAUAUUUCGUCUUUUCUGCCUUAAAGAUUCAAACUUCAACGAAAUAUUUCAAAAGUUUUUCUGCUUAAAAUUCAUUCAGGGAACAUUUCAAAGUUCAACUAAACCAAGAAUAUUUCAGUGGAAUCGUGCGACUUCGUUCACGACAACCACAAACGUUUUCAGUAAUAAUCAUAAAAACACACAAAACGGGUCAUUGUUUUAAUCGCAAAAUGCAGAUUUUUAAAUAAUUUUUU